AUGGCAGAAGAUGGAGGCAGUUAUCUAGACCUUAUUAAACUCACCACUGACAAGCUCUCCAUUGAUACUGUGUCAGACUCUGUAACAUGUUCCUCCUGUGGAGCCGUAUCGUUAUUUCUUGGGACUACCAGAGACCACUUUGAGGGGAAGACUGUCGUUCAGCUUGAAUACGAAGCAUAUGUACCCAUGGCAGAGUCUGAGCUGAGGAAAAUAUGUGCUGACAUUAGAGCAACAUGGCCAACUGUCCGGCAUAUCUGCAUUCAUCACAGGCUUGGUGUGGUUCCCAUUACAGAGACCAGUGUUAUAAUUGCAGUCUCAUCACCUCACCGUCAUGAUUCUCUAGAGGCUGUGAAGUACUGCAUAGACACUCUGAAAGCUACUGUCCCUAUCUGGAAAAAGGAGAUUUAUGAAUCAGAGGAGCCAUGCUGGAAAGAGAACAAGGAGUGCAAAUGGGCAGAAAGUAGGCUCAAGAGCAAAGCAAGCUGACCUUCGACCUCCAACAAGUUGCAUUUCUUUUACCUUGUGUGUUAUUGAUACCAGAUUUACCCCUGCCACAGCAUUGAAUAUACAUGUAGAAUUUUA